AUGGGCGGAGAGUGCGGAGAGUGGGAAUGGCAUCGGCUGCGAGCAGAGGACCAAGCACACAGGACGAAGAAGCAAGCUGUCCUGCGAUACUCGGUGCUCUUCAUUGCAGCGGCAGCAGCUAUCUGUGGGUUUCUUCUCCUCACAUCGUCAAGCGGAACGUCAGCUGAUGGCUCUGUCCAUGGAGCGCAGCUCCUGUCUUCGCGUGUCCCUUGCCAGGGGAGCUCCUGCAAGCAGAUGUCUCUGUCACGGGCUAAGCUCCACAAGCUCCCUCGCUCGGCUCGUACGGUGGUCAAAGGGAAAAGCAUGCUGUCGAGCGUACGAGAGGACGAGAAGGUGAAGGUGAGGCUCUACAUGGAAAGUCAGUGUCCUGCUUGCAAGAAGUAUUCCACUACUUACAUUAAGCAACUUCUCGAAACUCCGGGGGUGAAGGACAUUGUGGAUUUCAAGUUUGUUCCGUGGGGAAAUGGAAAGAUUCUCAACAAUCAACAAGUUCUCAACACAACUCAGCUGCUCUCGAGCACUUUGAAUCAUCUGGAGCUCGCGGUGCAAUCGCAGAACUCAAUUGUGGAUUCACUGGUCCACGACUUCAACAACAUGUGGAGAUCUUUGAGCUUCGAGAUUACUCACUUAAAGCAAAAUCCCAUCGUCAAGAAGUAUACCUCACUCGCACACUUUUCGACUCGUGAGAAGGCUGUGAAGCAAUCUCUCUUCUCUGAGGAGGAAUGGCUCGCCAAUCAAACUCAGUUCAACAUGGAGGAUUGGAUCUCUGAUCACACUCUGCCCGGUAUCGAUGAGUGGCUGGCAAACCAGACGUCUUUCGACUUCGAGGCUUGGCUUUCUUCCCAGCCCACGUAUGAUAUCGAAAGCUGGCUGAGUGGAGGAUCAGGAGCUGCAGGUAACGCCAGCAACUCGACGGACUCGCGAUCCGACAUUCAGAAGUGGCUGGACGACCAGCCCGACUUCGAUUUUGAGGCGUGGCUAGCGGCUCAGCCGGUCUUCGACUUUGACGGCUGGUUGUCGAACGUUUCUAAGGCCCAGCAGGACACUUCCUCCAAUUCGUCUGGCUCGGGGCUCUUGAGCGAAGGGUCCAUCGUUUCCCUCCAAGCAAAGCUGGACAAGUUGACGAGCAAGCUGAUGCUUUUGAAGAAGGCAUGCUUGGGCUCCCGCAUCCGAGCUCUAAGGACAUCCGCCUUGCAUAAGAGGCAGGCGUUGGCCGAGGAGUCUUCGCACUCGAUCAACCUCAACCUCGUGUUCCUCUGCCAGCAUGGAAGUCAAGAGUGUGCGGGUAACGCCUGGGAGAACUGCAUUCAGAGCAUGUAUCCUGAUCAGCAGACUUUCUUCCCUGUCAUCGAUUGCGUCGAGAAACGAGGCUGUGCGGAGGGACAGAAGGCCCCCGAGGACUGCGAAGGCGAACCGCAAGCUGUGGCGGGAGGAUGCGUUCACGAGUUCGGUCACGGAGUGAUGGAUAUCAACGCGCUGCAAGCUUGUGUGUAUGGAUCUCAAGGACGAGGACUCCAGAUCCCGGAGUCGACAAUCUUGCUGCUCCAAGCAGCGAAGGAGACGAGCGAGGCAACGGGCAGGCAGUGGGUGCCCUGGCUGACCAUCGACGGCGUUUCUCCCGCGACCAGUCAAGAUGACUUUGGGCAGAUCUUCCUGGUCGGCAUGCAUGUAUGCAACGCCUACGCCAAGAAGACUGGCAAGACCCCUCCCUCGCAGUGCAGCUCCUUCAUCACUCAAGUUCCCGCGGAUCCCUGGGCUGCUUUCAACGGGACGAGCUUGUGA